AUGAAACUCACCAUUGCCGCUGCUGCCCUCGCCCUCGUCGCAGGUGCCAACGCCCAAUUCUCCAUCGCUGGCCUCUCGACGGGCUGCACCACCACCUUUGCGGGCUUCAUCCUCGGCAACCUGAGCUCGUGCCUCCAAGUCACGGCGCUCCUUCCCGUCAUCAACAGUGGGGGCAACAGCUCGGUCGUGUCCCCCCUCAACGGUUACCUCACCUCCCUGUGCGCGAGUAGCACGCCCACGUGCACCAACGCGAGCCUCACGACCGCGGCUAGCCAAGUGCGCAGUGGGUGCACGCAGGAGUUGGCGGACCCCGCGAGCAUUCCCAACCUCUUCCUGACCAUUGUGGACAACUACACCCCGAUCAAGGCGGCUGCGUGCUCGAAGAACGAGACUAACAACGAGUUCUGUGCGUCGGACGCCAUCAACACGAUCCAGAACGUCUCAGGCACCGAGGUGACCUUCAACACGGUUACCUCGCUGCUCGGCGGCAACGGGGACGUCGCGUCUACUCUGCAGCAGGUGCUCGGGACUGGCGAGCUCUGCACCGGCUGUGUGGCAGGGAUCUACCACGCGGCGCUCGAGGUCAACAGCACCAUUGCAACCUCGUCAAUCGGCCAGGCCGUCACCGGGCAGUGCGGCGCCGACUUUGGCAUGAACAUCACUGGCGUGAGCAUGCCGUCGGCAGCCGCGCCGAGCGCGAGCCAGUCGGCCCAGAGCACGAAGCCCGCCAGCGGCGCGCUCGCCAUGACCGGGAGUGCUGGGGCGCUGGCCGCCGCUGCGCUCGCCGUUGCGCUUCUCUAA